AUGAAUUCAACGUGCGUCAAAAUUACUCACGUGAUAUUUGAUUUGGAUGGAUUAUUACUCGACUCAGAAAGUGUUUAUACACGAGUGAAUGAAGAAAUUUUACUUGGUUAUGAUAAAAAAUAUACGAUGGAGCUAAAAGCCAAAACAGCAGGAAUGCAAAUGGAUGAAUUAAUCAAUGUGAUAUUGGAAUAUGAAGAUUUAAUGGGAAAGGUAACAUUGGAACAAUAUAGAAAGCAGUAUUUGGAACUUGCAAGCAAAUAUUUACCUGAUUCCAAAUUAUUACCUGGUGCAUUGAAUUUAGUAAAGCAUCUUGCUAAACAUUUGGUACCAAUGGCAAUUUGUACUGGUUCUAACACUUUUGAAUUUGAGACUAAAAUGCAGAAACAUCAAGAAUUAUUGCAACUGAUAAGUCUUCGAGUACUUGUAGAUGAUCCAUCAAUAAAACGCGGUAAACCAGCACCAGAUGGAUUCUUGGUUACCAUGCAACGAUUUGCUAAUAAACCAGCAAGUGCAGCUAAUGUUUUAGUAUUCGAAGAUUCCAUUAAUGGUGUUCGAGCAGCUAUCGCUGCUGGUAUGCAGGUGAUUAUGGUUCCUGAUCUACGUUAUUCGAAACCACCUGAGGAUUGUGAGAAGAUGAUUUUGUCUGUUUUGAAAAGCUUAACCGAAUUUAAACCUGAAAUGGUGGGAUUGCCACCAUUUGAUUAA